AUGCCCAAAACGCAAGAUUCCAAAGCUGCUAGGUCAUUCAAGAACCUUUCAGAUGUUGAAAAAGGAGUAAUUGUUGGCCAACACCUCAGUGGAAUCAGUACCAUUUCAAUUUCCGCUCAACAGAAUGUGUCCCAAUACACAGUCAACAGAGUCUUAAAAGAAUACAAGGCAACUAAACCGGCUAAGAAAACCAAGUCUUCUACAAAUAAAAAAAAGCCGAUCAAGCGUAUGCUAAUACAGGUCAAACCUCAAGUCUCGCGCCCUACAAAAAAAGCCAGUCGACCUUUGGCAAAAAGUAAAAAGCCAAUUAUAGCGGAACCAGAGGAGAUUGUAGCAAGAUCAAAGAAAACUGAUUAUAAAAACACUAUUGGGAGACACUUGGACCAUAUAAACAUGCGUUAUUCUGUUGUUCAAGGAAAGCCUUUUAUCGACCCAAAAUACAUUGCCCGUCACCUCAAAUUGCUGAAAAAUCUGAAGAACUAUGAGCUUUGGUGUAAAAGUGUUGUCUGGGCUGAUGAAUGCAGAUGUCACAUUUACCAAAGAAAUGGAAAAAACCAUAUCUGUCUUGAAUCCGAUGUAUACUAUUCUGUAUUCCCAACUUUAGAUCCAAGCCAGAUUAUAGCUACCGUUGUGGUUUGGGGAUGUAUCUGGCCUGGAGGUAUGGGACCACUAUUUACGCUCAAGGACAACAUGACUCCCGAGGAGCGGUCGGAUUUCUUAUUAGAAAAGUUCUUGGAGUUCUAUGAGACUCUUCCUGGUGUUUGCAGAGGUGGCUGCCCAUACAUACGAGAUAAGGCUGCACUACCCGAGGAUGAACCCACCAACAAGAAAAAAGGGGUUGGAUUUGAGAUUUUGGAAUGGCCAGAAAAUGGUCCUGCUUUUACUCCACUCGAGUACUUAUGGAACUACAUGUCCGAUAACCUUCUAUUAAUGACUGCUAGUCCUAAUACCCCAGAGGAGCUAGAAAAAACCUUACACGAAGAAUGGAACAAUAUUGAUGCAGGCAUUUGUAAGAAAUUUUACGGGAAGACGAAAAGGAAGCUGGCUACUAUUAGAGCUGAUAAGACUUCACGCUUUCGAUAA